GUUUCCUGUCAACUGAAGACUCGGUGAUCCCCGGCAAUUUCGGGCUGAAGGAUCAGACGCUGGCGCUGCAGUGGGUGCAGCGGAACAUUCACAACUUUGGUGGAGACAAGACCAAAGUCACUGUCUUUGGUGAGAGCGCCGGUGGUGCUUCUGUCCACUUCCAUAUGCUCGCACCCAAGUCCAAAGGACUGUUCUCUCGGGUUAUCAUGCAGUCUGGGUCAGCUCUGGCACCAUGGGCAACUGGAUUUAAGUUUAGGGAGACAGCCGAGGAGGUAGGCCAAGCCAUGGGAUGCCCAGUCACUUCAGACAGUCACGUACUGCUUGAAUGUCUUCAGAAGGUCGACGCACCCAGUCUGGCUGCUGUUUUGCAAGACUUCAUUCAAUGGUACGUCUUUCCACUGAUCUUCAAUCCUCGGGUAGACGGUGACUUCAUUCCAGAUCAUCCAGCUAAACUGGUCCUUGAAGGGCGACACCACAAGGUUGACCUCAUGGCUGGAGUAACAAGCGAUGAUGGCGCCCUCGUGACCCAUGCUCUGUAUGCCUCGAGGAACCUUAUCAGUGAUCUGAAGGUUAACUUCACCACUACUGGUCCUGCCAGUAUACAGAUGAUGGAGGUAACAGACGGGGAGGACGUGGUGGAGGUGACUAGGCGAGUGUAUCAACACUACCUGGGUGAAGAACUCAACAUAGACGAAGAUCACAGUGAAGCUCUCACUCAGCUGUUCAGCGACGCACACUUCAUGGUGGAUCACGACCUUGUGACGCAGCACCACGCCCAUUAUGCUCACCACCACAACACUUACCGCUAUGAGUUCGGUUACAGGGGUGAGAUCUCCUUCGGAGACUUAUAUCAUACACACGUCGGCAAACACUGGGUGCCACAUGCUGACGACCUGAUCUACCAGUUUCAUCAUAACACGCAGCAGAAACUUUCGAAGAUCCCUGGGAAACUGAGUGCACCAGAGGACCUGCGUGUGACCGAUAUUAUGGCCACACUCUGGACCAACUUUGCAACCACAGGAAACCCGACUCCUGAUGGUUCCCUCGGGUUCACCUGGGAGCCGAGCACCGAAGACAACCUUCAGUACCUCGCUCUCAACCUCAAGCCUACCAUGGUCUCCGACCAGCGGCAAGAGGUGAGGAAGUUCUUCGCGUCUCUGCCCACGAAGAUCAACCACAUCCUGUAUCCUGAUCGGGUCCUGCAGGACGAUACCCUCCAGCACAAUAUCUAUCAUGCUCAGGAUGAACUGUAAGAAGAGACGAUUUAACAUAUACGAACAUAUGAGAGUGCAUACAGAGAUUCCCUUGUACACUGAAACAUGUGAGUCUUUAGGAAGGAUCAUAGGAGAACUAUGAGAAAGAGAAUGAAUCACAUAUUCAAAUUUCUUGAAUAAUUAAGUACUCAUGCACUCCUAGCUUCUAACUCAUUACACCAUUUUUCAUUACUUGUAAUACCACUUCACCUUUUCCCAUUGCCUGUACCGUCACCAUAUCCUUACCAAUCCCUGUAAGACCACUUCACCUUCCCCCAUUACCUCUGCUGUCAAGUCUUCACCAUUCUAUAAGUCAAAAGCUUCGCUAUUACCUAUGACAACAGUGUACGUAUGAACUCUGUGAAGACAAUCUUAUCAAUCAUAGCUGCAUUACACUGAUCAACAUGAAUUUUACAACAUCUGGGAUAUUUCAGUAACCAGUUUGAGGCACUUCCCGACAACCAGGUUGCAACAUCACAUAGUAAGCAGCUGCUAGUAUGGUAAUAAAAUGCACCUCAUAUUAAUUCGCAUAAUUACAUGUAGAACCCGACAGUUGACAUACACACAUGCAUCAUGUUAAUAAAUGCAUACAUAAUCGGGCGAAUACACAAAUAUAUAUGAUUAUACUCAUGUGCACGUGAAUGGUACAAACAGUAAUAUCUUCACAAACAUGUAAUAAACAACUGCUGAUGGUACCACAUGCACACUCGAGAAUAUGCUGGGAAAUUGAGUGAACCAGUACUAAGACGGACGCAAUGAAAACAGUGUGAAGGACGGCUGAUAUUGUUAUAGAUAACUUGAAACUGAGGUAACUGAAAUUAAUGUUAAAGCCUAUGGUCAAAAUGUAUUUAUAUUAGUGUAAUUAUGACAGCAAAACUGGCUAUUACAGUGGCCGCAAAAAAAAAUUUGUACAUUUCCAAUGCAAAAAAAAAAAAAAAAAAAAAAAAAAAAAAUCUAUGUACUAGAUUUUAGUGUAUACAUUUCACUUGAAUUUCCUGCCAUGAGAAAAGUGGGAAAAGCUUGUGAUGGCUUAGUGUACUGGAGCCCGUCUUGCUCCAACGUUCCUCACAACCUCAUGCUUCAGUGUUCUUCCAGAGCUCGAUGAGGAAGGAGAAUUAUUACGCUGUUACUCAUUGCCCAUUUUUUCACUCGACAUCGAACCUUGCCGAGCUAUAUCUCUGCUCCAAGUGGUCAGAAUGCGUCGUCCUAAACUUUUAAUUGUAGAGAAGACUCGUGCACUCACCCUAUUAAAGCAAGGCAUGUCUGUGAUAUCCGUAGCCACAGACCUGAAGGUGACUAGGAUGGCAAUUUACAACUUCAAGAAAGCAGCUGCCUCACUCCCUCCUGGCACCAUACCACCUAGGAAAGUGAAGUCUGGGGCUCUCAAAAAGACUUCUCUUCGCACAGACAUGAUCCUGAAGAGAAGUGUUAUUAGAUCCUGCCAUAACAGUCACAGACCCCAAGAAAAAGCAUCCUGCACUUCUGAAAGUCCUCGCAGUGUGAACCAUUCAGCACCGACUGCAAAAGGACCUGAAAAUGCCUGCUCGAUGUGCCGCCAAGAAGCCCAUGCUAAUUGAAGCCAUGAAGAAGAAAUGGCUUCAGUUCUGCAAGAAUUACAAAGAUUGGACCUCAGACCAGUGGCAGAAGGUGAUGUUCAGCGACGAGAGUACCUUCAGGCUCGUCAAGAGCGGCUCUAAGACCGUCCAUCGUCCCAGUGGUGUGUCCCGUUAUGACUCGCGGUAUGCCGUGAAGACAGUGAAGCACCCUGAUAGUGUUAUGGUCUUUUUAGUGGUUAUAAGGGCAGAGGUGGACUUUACUUUCUUCCUAAGAACAUUACGAUGAAGGGAAUUAAUUAUAUCGAAAUGUUAAGGGACCACAUGCUGACAUUUUGGAACAUUUACGAGUGUGAUUUUUUUAAUUCAUGAUGGCGCUCCUCCCCAUAAUGUCCGUGUUUUGGAGAGGCAAGGCAAUUCCCUGACCUGAAUCCUAUCGAGAAUGCCUGACAUAUGAUGAAAAAUGAGACUGCAAAAUUUCGACCCACCAACAUCACCUACCUGAAGGAGGCACUGAAGUACCUAUGGAUCAACAUGGACGCCUACCUCUUCUCCACCCUCGCCUCAUCGAUGCCCAGGCGACUUCAGAUGGUGAUAAAAAACAUUGGUAAUAUGAUCAAGCACUAGUUGGACGUUAAAAGUGAAAAUAAAAUACAUGUGCAUUUUAUCGUUAUAUUGUCCAAAUACUGUUAAUGUAUAAUUUUUUUUUGUGAUCACUACAUAUCUAAGAAUUUCAAAGCUUUCAAAAUAGUUAUUAAUAACAGAACAAACACUUUUAAUCCAGAGAUUUAGCAUUUAUUUGUCACAGUUCAUGAAUAAAAUGUGAAACAUAA